UACACCUGCCAGCCCUACACCACCGCCACGACCGUGUCCAAGUCCGCGCUCGGGUACGCAGAGCCCCUCCGGCGCCGCUUCGCGCCGCUGCUCCCCACUGCUUCUCUGCGCGGACGAGUACGCCAAUGUUGGGCUUGGUGCGGUGCGGUCGAGAGCAGGUACCCGUACCCGUUCAAGACGACACCGGAGGACAUCGUCAAGGACCUCAAGGCCCGCAGCAACAACGCGAAGGACCUUGCGAACAAGACCAUCGAGGCGCGGGUGAAGAGCCUCGUUGCGAACGUCGCAGAGGGUAUCGACCAGAUGCGUAUCUCCUAUGUACCGGCAAUCAUGCCAUGCCUGACUCCCGGGCCUUUACAGCGCUUCGCACUCAUUCGCGCCUACGCCCUCUCGAGGGAGCUCUCCGACCAGCUGCGCACGUACUCCACAAGGCAACUUAACCAGCUCAAGACACACAACAUGCUCGUCAAGCGUGCCUCCAAGACAGCACACGACCUCUCCACAAUCGCGCGAGCUACGACACCGCCCAACGAAAGGUACGCACCGGUUCUUCCGAUGCACACCUUAUCCAACACGAUGCUCACAGAGCUGCAUCCAGUGCGUGCAACAACCACGGCCCUCCCCGCACACGCACAAGCCGCGUUCUCGGACAUCUCGCAUCAGCUCUCCUCGACGAUCUCGGAUCUGACGACGAUCCUCAAGUCAGGUCGAGAGCGCCGGGUUGAGGAAUAG